CUGCUGCCGAUGCGAAAGAGGUCAUCGACCGCAGCAUUGCCUCCAUCAAUUUGCCGGUUGCAGGAGGAGACUCGAAACCAUGCUAUGCUAACUCCUGCUAUGCCCCCUAGGUUACUGUUCUUCUGUAUGGGUGUCCUUGCGUGCAGUUGCUAGGCUGCCAUCACUUGCACGGCUUGAGCUGAGCUUACCCCCCCGUCCAAAUAGCUCUCUAUCAAACCAUUCCUAUCGCAUCCCUGAAGUCGCGCGUUCUCUCUCUUUAUUUUCACAAUGUUCCAGUCUUUCGUUCAGAAGGCCCAGUCCUUCAUCGACCCUUCCAAUUUCGCCCUCCCAACACUCUCUACCGCCGAUCGAAAUCCCUCCAAGGCGUCUUUGUUCCGCCAGCAAUUCCGCCUCCCAGACUCUCAGAACCCGUUACAGGAGAUCAUUGCAGAACUGAUCCUCCCACUGCCGCAUACUACCCCAUCGCAGGGAGAACGGUCCCGCGUCGUUGACGAGGGAGGCAGCCGCUACACUGGCCGGCUCCACUUGAGUGAGAGAUUUCUCUGUUUUUCCACGCAGCCAACUAGCUUUUCGCCGUCCGCGAGCAUCAGUGUUUCGACCGCUUGGAGCGGCCAGACAAAUGGCACAGGACCUUCGGGGAAUGGGUUUACCUUCCCCCUAUGCUGUAUCCGUAGGGUGGAGAGACUGAACAGUCUGAGCCACGUAUUCACGCUCGCGCUGACGACGUGGAACGGUGCGCUAGGAAAGCAACAGGAUACCUCGUUCGUUCCUCAGAGGAUCACGAUCCGGUUGAUUGGCAGCAGAUAUGCCUGUGAAAAAUUCUGUGAUGGGCUUAAGAAAGGAUUGCGGGAAUGCAUGAAGGAUAUUGAGCAUCUACGGACUAUAGUGGCCGAUUGUUAUUCCGAGUAUCUUCUGUCAGGGGCCAAACUGAAGGCACAGGAUGGUGAGAAUACCGCAGAAGUACGCCAGCCACCAGAUGCCGGGUUAGGCAUGAUCUUUCGUUAUCCGGGUGAUGCCCGCAAACUUCGGGAUCGGAGUAAGAUGAGACUUUGGGGGGAAUAUUUUAGAGAAAACGGCCGUAAUGCCACUCUUAUUCGCCAGCCGACCUUUCACAAACUCAUCCGAGUUGGAUUGCCGAAUCGCCUGCGUGGAGAGAUCUGGGAGUUGACUUCCGGGUCUCUCUACCUACGCCUGAGGUCACCAAAACUCUACACGGAGACGCUGACGAAAUUUUCGGGGCGGGAGUCCCUGGCAAUCGAUGAAAUAGAGAAAGACCUAAAUAGAAGUUUACCCGAAUAUGCUGGAUUUCAGAGCGAUGAAGGCAUUGGACGACUACGGAGAGUCCUCACGGCCUACAGCUGGAUUAACACUGAUAUUGGAUAUUGUCAAGCCAUGAAUAUCGUGGUUGCGGCUUUAUUGAUAUAUAUGUCCGAGGCGCAAGCGUUUUUCCUUCUUUCAGUGCUGUGCGAUCGCCUGCUUCCCGGUUACUAUUCGACAACCAUGUACGGGACUCUGCUCGACCAAAAGGUCUUUGAGUCGCUUGUUGAAAAAACAAUGCCGGUUCUGUGGGAACAUCUUGAGAAGUCGGACGUACAGCUCUCGGUUGUCUCGCUACCUUGGUUCCUGUCUUUGUAUAUCAACUCGAUGCCCUUGGUAUUCGCAUUUCGCGUGUUAGAUGUAUUCUUCCUAGAAGGGCCAAAGGUCCUCUUUCAAGUCGGACUGGCUAUCCUUCGGAUUAACGGAGAAGAACUUCUCGAUGUACAGGAUGACGGCUCCUUUAUCUCGGUGCUGAAGUCAUACUUCUCCCGGCUAGAUGAAUCCGCCCAUCCGCGCUCGGAGAAUCCGAAGCUGAGAGCUAUCACCAGGUUUCAGGAACUUAUGGUAGUGGCAUUCAAGGAAUUUUCCGGAAUCACACACGGUACUGUUAUAGAGCAGCGUGAAAAGCAUAAGGGUGCAGUCUUGGACAAUAUCGAGAGUUUUGCUAAACGUACCUCCAUCAGAAACCUGGGCCCUGAUAGCAAGCGUUUGAGCGUUGAAGACCUUGGAACCAUUUAUGACAGGUUUUACGAGGUUCUCUACGACCGACAACAACGGCAGAAGCAGAUGGAAGAGGAGGCAAAGCGCCUGCAAAAGAAGAGAUUUGAACGGAUUUCGAUUCUCGGAUCGCCUGCCGAACGGGAAACUGGACGUGUAGGACUCGGUCCAAGUCCCACUCAUAUGGAUUACGAUGCCUUUAGGGAGUUCCUGGCGGUUACUGCCAAAUGGGCAGUUGCCGACUCUCCCACUCCAUCGCGAAAGGUGUCAACUGAUCGUAGCUCUUCCAGCAUACGAAGCUUCGGGAAGACAUUAUCUUCAUGGGGUGAUAAACCAGAACCUGCGGACCAUGAGUUCAUGCAGCGACUUUUCCGCAAAUGGGCCACAGAUCCCUCUGAAGGAUUGAGCCUGCAAAAUGUCGUCAAUGGGCUAGCGCGCCUUAAAGGCACGCCAGAUAUCAUGAACAAUCUAAACUACUUCUUCAACCUCUACGACGAUAAUGGCGAUGGUCAAGUGGACCGCGAAGGGAUCCUUAAGAUGUCUGAGGCCCUUCUUUUCCUUUCACGGCGAGGUUUCGAGGGCUACAUCGGACCAAGCCAAUCGAUGGAUGAUCCGGCCGUCCCGUAUGACAGAAGCACCCUUGAACGGGGCCGACUGAGCCCGGACGAGAGGUUCCUAGGAAGUGUCAGCUCAUUCAUCCGUCGGUGCUUCGAAUAUGCCGAUCCCAGUCGCCCAGAGAAUGAAAAGCCCGCGGAAGACGAGAAGAGUGACGAAGAAGCCACAGACAAACUGGGCGCAUUUAGCAUCGGGGAUGACGACGAUGACUUGAUCGAGAUGGACGAGGAUUCUACAGCCUCAUUCGGAGCAAGUCCUUCAUUUCAAUCGACCGAUACCCUGCAAAUCGAGAACACGAAGAAAUCCAAUCGACGAAGAUCAUCACAAACUGCUAAUCUCGCACUUGACCCCGACCAUCCCCUCCACAUCACCCUCCCUACCUUCCGCAUGGUCAUUUUAGCAGACGAACUCCUUGAACAAUUCUUCGACUCAUACUUCCCUUAUUCCUUCCAUCUCUCUGACCGCCCCCAUCCCGCCUCCGUGGCUGCUGGAUCCUCCCUCUCCUCCAACCUAACCACCUUCUCGAACAUCGGCGUGCCAAAACCAGGCCAGCUCACCUCCCUCUCCGGUGCUCCAGUGGCAGGCGCAUCCGCCGGCAUCGUCCCACCGGGCAAGGGCCUCCGUGGCGUCCUCGACAACAUCGUCUCCGACGGCAUCCGCAUGGCGGCGGAAGUCAAGAAAAGAAUGGACGAAGCCCAGCGUGAACUAGAGCGCAAUGCUCUUGCCCGCGGUGAGAAUGACGACGAAGACGAGGACGAAGACAACGAAUACGACAAUCGUCUUCCCCCCGGCGCGUCUUCCAUGGUUCCUUCUCUCGUGGGCGGGGUUCCCACCUGGGGUAGAACGGACCCGGAACGACACAGCGUCCGGGAAAGAGACCGUGAUCUCCUCGAGGGUGCUGAGGUUGUCAGCAUCCGCGGGAAAGAGGGGAUUAGCAACCAUGAUGGUCAUGGACCCGAGGCAGCAUCGCCAGCAAACCCCCAGUCACUAUCACAACCCUCGAGUCACAAUUCCGGGAAUGAUGGGGUUCUUAGCAAGGUGGUGGAGUUUGAGUCAUGA